AUGCACCCCGUCUCCAUCCUCACCUUUGGCAUCUUCUUUGCUGGCUACAUCACUGCUCGCUGGGAUCUCGUCACCCGACUCUAUGAACUUGCAAUCUUCGCCUGGGAUCGAGGUGUCAUUACACGCGCAGCCAAAGGCUUCGGCAUCCUCUCCAUCUUCUUCAUCCUUCUUCUCCUCCCACUCCGUUGGGUCGCUAAGAAAGAAGGCGACCUCCAUCCUCGUCCCCCCGAGAGCGGCAUUUCUGCCCGCGAACAGCUGAGACGUCGCGGAGAUGAUAUCCCAGGGGUCCUGGUGGGCUGGAGGAAUUCCGAGCUGGAUGUGUUGAUUGUGGGAGUGUUGCAGGGGGUGGAAGUGCACAAUGUCGAACAUGCCCUGCGUGUGCGCUCGCUCUUCCGCGGUUGCGCACAUCCGCUGGAGAAUAUCCUCGAAAGGUGUGGAGGGCAUCCCAUUCAGGCUCUCGGCACGCUGAACCUCCCCAAUGCCGGCAAGCCUUUCGACCCAAAGGCGUUGUCCAUGCAUAUCCUGCCACGGACCCAAGCUCCCAGAAUCGACUACCCAGAAGACAUCAACGUCACCAUCCAGAUCAUCACCUUUGAUCGGCCGAAUCCGAAGCGCAUGCAGUACUUGUCGCUCACGCAGAUUCCUCUUGCUCUGGGGGACAAACGAGGCGUCUUUGGAUCGGUCCCACCCUUCGAUCGCAUCGAUCGAGAAGAGGAGCUGGAGACGGCGCGCAAAGAACAGUUGGUGGAGAAGUUAAAGCGACAUACCGUCAUCCACCACCCGCGAACUCAAAAGGAGCUUGCGCUCGGAACGAUUAUCAGUCAAAUCAAUUGCUCGGCGGAGAUGGAUUGUUUGAUGCAAAGCAACAUCAGCCUUGUGGGCAUCCGACAAAAGCGGAGCGUCAGUGUUAGUGAGCGUUUCGUUGAAUCCGCCACCAAUUUUUGGGAGAUUGUGCUGCUGGGGCUCAAACAGGCAUUCACCCAUCACGUCUUGCCCACCGCCACGCAGCUGUUCAUCACGUACAUUAUGAUCCACCGCUACAUGGCCGAGGGAAUGCUGCGUGUUGUGGAAUGGCGGCCAAUUCCGGGAUUUGCGGCGCUGAAGGAUGUCUCCGCCACGGGUCAACAGGUCGACAUCCGACUGCAGCAAUUCUGCUACUGGCCGAGCAUCACAAACAGCCAUCCGGAAUACAUUCGCUUCUUCAACAGCCUCUGGCUCGUCGCCAACGAUGUCAUUAUCGGCAUCGCCCUCGGCUCGUACAUUCACAUGAAUAAUAUCAUCAAUACGUACUCCAUCGAGGGACUGCGGCGGAUGAUUGAAUGGCUCAUGGGCUCGCCUGCUGGUCUGAAACUCAACACGGAUCUCGCCGAUUUCCUCGGCCAACUCUUUCGCUGGGUCAUUACCGCAUGGGAUGGCUGUAUGCAACACCUACGCCCCGCCCUUCCACACAUCAUUCGCUUCAUCGGCGUCAGCUCCUUUGCCGGCGCCAGCAUGCCCAUUGCCAUGUUCUCCGACCUACUCAGUCUGCUCACUAUCCACAUCUACAGCUUCUACAUUGCAUCCGCGCGCAUCUACAACUGGCAGCUGACCAUCAUCAUCUCCCUCUUCCACCUCUUUCGCGGCAAGAAGCGGAAUGUGCUGCGCAACCGCAUCGACCGCUGCGACUACGACCUGGAUCAGCUCCUCCUCGGCACCAUCCUCUUUACCCUCCUCUUCUUCCUCCUCCCCACCGUCGCCGUCUUUUACGCCACCUUUGCCGGCGCCCGCAUCGCCAUCAUCGCCCUCAAGGCCGCCCUCGACACCUGGCUCGCCUGUCUUAAUCACUUCCCCUUGUUCGCGCUGAUGUUGCGGCUCAAGGAUUCCCGGCGUUUACCCGGCGGCAUCCGAUUCGAAUUGCAAGAUACCCCUUCUGCAUUGCUUUUUGCCAGCCAGAAGCAGCCGGUGACAUCGUAUAUCAAGCUCAAGUCUAUUCCCCUUCCAUUGACACAAACCUUUACGCAAUAUUCCCACCUCGGCCAUCGGCUGCGCAAACACUACCUCUCCCCUCGCGUCUUCCUCUACCUCAUAUCUGGCCAGUUCGUCCCGCCGAUUCAUAGAAAGAAUUUGUACAGCCUGCAGUAUUCCAUGCUGCCUGCCCACCGCGUGAGCAUGGAGGAGUUGUGGCGGCUGUUGACGGUGGAUGACGGUGGGGAUCGGAAGGGGUUUACUGGGGAGGUGGGGGGUCAUGUGAAUGGGGGAUUGAGUCCGAAUGUGGGCAGCGGGAAGAAGUUGAAUGGGAGGAGUAGAUGA